GAGUUCCGGCUGCGCCGCUCCCCGGCGGUGCUCCGCGCGCUGUCUCUGCCCGCAGCGCUGUCGGUGGGGGCGGCGCUGGAGAGAGUGCUGAGACUGCCGGCAGUGGGCAGCAAACGGUACCUCACCAACAAGAGAGUGCUGAGACUGCCGGCGGUGGGCAGCAAAUGGUACCUCACCAACAAGGUGGACCGCUCAGUGACGGGGUUGGUGGCCCAGCAGCAGUGCGUGGGUCCCCUCCACACCCCGUUGGCCGACGUGGCGGUGGUGGCGCUGUCCCAUUUGGAGCUUACGGGGGCAGCGACGUCUUUAGGGGAGCAGCCCAUUAAAGGGCUCCUGGACCCCGCAGCCGGGGCCCGCCUGGCCCUAUGCGAGGCCAUCACCAACCUCUGCUUCGCCCGCGUCACCGAGCUCAAGGACGUGAAGUGCUCGGCCAAUUGGAUGUGGGGGAGCAAAGCGGGGGAGGAGGGGGCGGCGUUGGUGGCCGCGUGCCGGGGGAUGGUGGGCGCCAUGGAGCAGCUCGGAGUGGCCGUGGAUGGGGGGAAGGAUUCGCUCAGCAUGGCGGCACGCGUGGGGAACGACACCGUCAUGGCGCCCGGCACGUUGGUGAUCUCCGCCUACGCCUUCUGCCCCGACAUCACCGCCACCGUCAGCCCCGACCUCAAAUGUCCCGGAGGGAGAGGGGCGCUGCUGUGGGUGGCCCUAAAUCCGGGCCGGCACCGUUUGGGGGGCAGCGCUUUGGCGCAGGUCUACUCCCAAAUAGGGGAUUCGUGCCCCGACCUCGACGACCCCAAAACCCUCACGGCCGCUUUUAGGGUCACCCAGGAGCUGCUCAAAGAGCGCGCGGUGACGGCGGGCCACGAUGUGAGCGACGGCGGUCUGCUCAGCUGCGCCCUGGAGAUGGCCUUCGCCGGCAACUGCGGCCUCAGCCUGCGAUUCAGCACCGCCGGCACGGACAGCGACCCCCUGGCGCUGCUGUUCGCGGAGGAGCCGGGGCUGCUGCUGGAGGUCAGAGAGGAGGACGCGGCGGCCAUCUUGGAGCGCUACGGGAACAGCGGGGUCAGCUGCAGCCAUAUUGGGACCAGCGGCCCUAUAGGGCCGGACGAGGAGGUGUCGCUGUCGCUGGGGGGCGCUGUGGCGCUGCGGGGCUCCGUGGGGUCGCUGCGGGCGCUGUGGGAGGAGACGAGUUUCCAAUUGGAGCGGCUGCAGACGGAGCCGCGCUGCGUAGCGGAGGAGGAGAAGGCGCUGAGGCGCCGCCAGGGGGCGCACUUCUCCGUCAGCUUCCCGCUCACGGCCGGACCGCCGCCGCACGUCGGCGCUGUGGGGCCGCGCGUGGCGGUGCUGCGGGAGGAGGGCAGCAAUGGGGACCGAGAAAUGGCCGCCGCCUUUCACAUGGCGCAAUUCGAGGUGUGGGACGUCACCACGGAGGACCUCCGCAGCGGCGCCACGACCCUCGAUGGCUUCCGGGGGGUGGUCUUUGUGGGGGGGUUCAGCUACGCCGACGUUUUGGGGUCGGCCAAAGGGUGGGCUGCGGUCGCCCGCUUUGACCCCCGGGUUCGGGCGGGUCCUGGAGGACUUCCGGCGGCGCCCCGAUACCUUCAGCCUGGGGGUCUGCAAUGGCUGCCAGCUGAUGGCACUGCUGGGCUGGGUGGGGGACCCCCCGGGGGGCAGAGAUGGGGCCGAUGGCGCCGCCCCCCCCCCGGUGCUGCUGACCCCAAACGAAUCGGGGCGCUUCGAGUCGCGCUUCGUGGCCGUGCGGGUGGAGGCCGGGCCGGCUGUGAUGCUGAGGGGCAUGGAGGGCUCCGUGCUGGGGGUCUGGGUGGCCCACGGGCAAGGCCGCUUCCACUUCCGGCGGCCGUCGUCCCUCCCCUCUCUGCUGACUUCCGGUCUGGCGCCGUUACGUUACGCGGACGAUUCCGGCGCCGCCACCGUCGCGUAUCCGAUGAACCCCAACGGUUCCCCGGGGGGGGUCGCCGCCCUCUGCUCCCCCUGCGGCCGCCAUUUGGCCGUUAUGCCCCACCCGGAGCGGGGGGUGCUGCGCUGGCAGUGGCCGUGGUGGCCCCAGGAGUGGGGGGGGAGAUGUGGGGCGGCUGUGGGGCCGCGGUGGGGCGGAGAGAAGGGGGUGGCGCGGGGGGGGGCGGCGCCGUGGUUGAAGAUGUUCCUCAAUGCCAGGGAGUGGUGCCGGGGGGACCCAUAGAGUCACCAUCAGUGGGGCUGGGACCCAUACAUGGACCCAUAGACCCACAGGUGGACCCAUAGAUGGACCUCAGACCCAUAGAUUCACACAUCAGUGGGGCUGGGACCCAUACAUGGACCCAUAGGUGGACCCAUAGACCCACAGGUGGACCCAUAGAUGGACCUCAGACCCAUAGAUUCACACAUCAGUGGGGCUGGGACCCAUACAUGGACCCAUAGGUGGACCCAUAGACCCACAGGUGGACCCAUAGAUGGACCUCAGACCCAUAGAUUCACCAUCAGUGGGGCUGGGACCCAUACAUGGACCCAUAGAUGGACCCAUAGACCCAUAGGUGGACCCAUAGAUGGAGCUCAGACCCAUAGAUGGACCCAUAGGUAGGGCUAGGACCCAUAGAUGGACCCAUAGAUGGACCCAUAGACCCAUAGGUGGACCCAUAGAUGGAGCUCAGACCCAUAGAUGGACCCAUAGGUGGGGCUAGGACCCAUAGAUGGACCCAUAGACCCACAGGUGGACCCAUAGAUGGACCUCAGACCCAUAGAUUCACCAUCAGUGGGGCUGGGACCCAUACAUGGACCCAUAGGUGGAGCUUAGACCCAUAGGUGGACCCAUAGGUGGGGCUCAGACCCAUAGAUUCACCAUCAGUGGGGCUGGGACCCAUACAUGGACCCAUAGAUGGAGCUUAGACCCAUAGGUGGACCCAUAGAUGGAGCUCAGACCCAUAGAUUCACCAUCAGUGGGGCUGGGACCCAUACAUGGACCCAUAGAUGGACCCAUAGACCCAUAGGUGAACCCAUAGAUGGAGCUCAGACCCAUAGAUGGACCCAUAGGUAGGGCUAGGACCCAUAGAUGGACCCAUAGAUGGACCUCAGACCCAUAGAUGGACCCAUAGAUGGACCCAUAGGUGGGGCUCAGACCCAUAGAUGGACCCAUAGACCCAUAGGUGGACCCAUAGAUGGAGCUCAGACCCAUAGAUGGACCCAUAGGUGGGGCUAGGACCCAUAGAUGGACCCAUAGGUGGGGCUCAGACCCAUAGAUGGACCCAUAGACCCAUAGGUGGACCCAUAGGUGGGGCUGGGACCCAUACAUGGACCCAUAGAUGGACCCAUAGACCCAUAGGUGGACCCAUAGGUGGGGCUCAGACCCAUAGAUUCACCAUCAGUGGGGCUGGGACCCAUACAUGGACCCAUAGAUGGAGCUUAGACCCAUAGGUGGACCCAUAGAUGGAGCUCAGACCCAUAGAUGGACCCAUAGGUAGGGCUAGGACCCAUAGAUGGACCCAUAGAUGGAGCUCAGACCCAUAGAUGGACCCAUAGGUGGGGCUCAGACCCAUAGAUGGACCCAUAGAUGGACCCAUAGGUGGGGCUCAGACCCAUAGAUGGACCCAUAGAUGGAGCUCAGACCCAUAGAUGGACCCAUAGACCCAUAGGUGGACCCAUAGAUGGAGCUCAGACCCAUAGAUGGACCCAUAGGUGGGGCUAGGACCCAUAGAUGGACCCAUAGGUGGGGCUCAGACCCAUAGAUGGACCCAUAGACCCAUAGGUGGACCCAUAGGUGGGGCUGGGACCCAUACAUGGACCCAUAGAUGGACCCAUAGACCCAUAGGUGGACCCAUGGAUGGAGCUCAGACCCAUAGAUUCACCAUCAGUGGGGCUGGGACCCAUACAUGGACCCAUAGAUGGACCCAUAGACCCACAGGUGGACCCACAGGUGGGGCUCAGACCCAUAGAUGGACCCAUAGACCCAUAGGUGGACCCAUAGAUGGAGCUCAGACCCAUAGAUGGACCCAUAAGUGGGGCUCAGACCCAUAGAUGGACCCAUAGACCCACAGGUGGACCCAUAGGUGGAGCUCAGACCCAUAGAUGGACCCAUGAGUGGGGCUGGGACCCAUAGAUGGGCCCAUAGAUGGACCUAUAGAUGGACCCAUAGACCCAUAGGUGGACCCAUAGAUGGACCCAUAGGCCCAUAAGUGGACUCAUAGAUGGAGCUCAGACCCAUAGAUGGACCCAUAAACCCAUAGAUGGACCCAUAGGGGGGGCUGGGACCCAUAGAUUGACCCAUAAGUGGGGCUCAGACCCUUAGAUGGACCCAUAGAUGGACCCAUAGACCCAUAGAUGGACCCAUAGGGGGGUCUGGGACCCAUAGAUGGACCCAAAAGUGGGGCUCAGACCCAUAGAUGGACCCAUAGGUAGGGCCGAGGACCCAUAAAGGAACCCAUAAGGUGACCCACAGACCCAUAGAUGGACCCAUAGAUGGAGCUUAGACCCACAGAUGGACCCAUAGAUGGACCCAUAGAUGGAGCUCAGACCCAUAGAUUGACCAUAAGUGGGGCUGGGACCCAUAGGUGGACCCAUAGACCCAUAGGUGGACCCAUAGGUGGAGCUCAGACCCAUAGAUGGACCCAUAGGUGGGGCUCAGACCCAUAGAUGGACCCAUAGACCCAUAGGUGGACCCAUA